AUGGCAUCUUCCCANAAAGUCCUCAUCAUCCUCUCGGAUGCCGACCACUUCGACAUGAAGAAGACCUCUGGCCCUGAUGCAGGCAAGGUUGUUUCACAACCCUCUGGUUUCUUCUUGAUGGAACUCGCAAAGCCUCUCUCCAAGCUCCUAGACGCCGGCUAUGAAGUCACCUUCGCCACACCAGAAGGCAAGGAGCCAGUCCCCGACCCCAACAGUGAAUCCCUCCUCGCCUUUGCCGGAAACUUCUACGAGCGCCGCCGUGAAAACGAACUACUCGAGCGCAUGAAGAAGGAGAACGGCUUCUCCCUCACCAGAAAGUUCAGAGACAUCAGCAACGACGAACUCGAAUCUUUCCGUGGUGUGCUUAUUCCUGGCGGCCACGCACCUCUGACCGAUCUUGGUGAUAACAAGGAGCUGGGACGUAUUCUUGAGCACUUCCAUGGCAAGCAGAAGCCUACUGCCACUAUCUGCCAUGGACCUUAUGCUUUCNNCCUUUCGACCAAGGCAUCGAGUGGCAAGUUCUUGUAUGCUGGCUACAAGCUCACCAGCUGGUCCGACAUGGAGGAGGCUAUGAUGGAGACAAUGCUAGGUGCUGAAAUUCCAAAGGUCGAGAGUGCUCUGCGUGCAGAGGGUGCUGAGAUGGUUGAGGGUAUCGCUCAGAAGGUCGGAUACAUUACUGUCGACCGCGAAGUUGUCAGCGGUGCCAACCCCAUGGCUGCCGAUGCGAUGGCAGACAAGUUCAUCCAGAUGAUGAAGGCCUAA